AUGCGCCACUUCGACACCUGGCUCAUCCGCGACCCCUACUCCAUCUUCCACUACUACCCCAGCGGCCGUCGCUGGUCCGAAACCCUUCGCGAGAUGAUCCAAACCCGUCAAAUCUGCAGUCCAGAUGCUGCCUCCAAUGCCUCCAACACCCCCAUCCCCUUCGCCGACAGCACCUCCCAACCCACCAGCGCCUUCUUCCAACGUCUCCCCCCGGAAAUCCGGCUCAUGAUCUACGCUUACGUCUUUGGUGAGGACACCACCAUCCAUCUGGUGCAAGUGAAGGAUCAGAUCCGUCAUGUGCGAUGCACGCAUCCGGCCCCGUUGGAAAAACAUCGGCAGUGUUGUCCGGCGACGGUGGCGAGGUGGCGGACUCUUACCAGCAAUCCUACCACAAACACCACUACCACCAACACCAGCACCACAAACACAAGAACCACAUCCAAACCCACCACCACCCCUUCCCCCCCUCAACCCUCAAAAGAAUCAGAACCCCCAUCCAAACUCUACCCGCACACCUCCCCCCUCCUCCCCCCCCUCCUCUCCACGCCCCAACACACCACCGCCCCCCUCCACACCUGCAAAGCCAUGUACACCGAGUCCGCCCCCCUCCUGUACCGCACCUUCACCUUCGACACCGACGACCUCUACACCCUCCUCGCCUUCACCACGCACCUUCCCCCCCCGCAUCGCCACUCCCUCCGCGCCCUCACAAUCCACUACACCCCUAUCUGGACGCCCUUCUCCACCGACGAACCGCAUGCGUUCUCUGUCUAUACGCAUACGCAUAAUGAUGAGUUGUGGGUGGCCGUUUGGGAGGUCGUGAGGCGGUGUACAGGGUUGGAGGUGGUACGGCUGGGGUUGGAUUUGGGACGGUGGGUGGGGGUUGGGAUGGGGGGAAAUGCUGGGAGGGUUGCGGGGGGGCGUCGUGUGCCGUUUGGGGUGCGGGAGAAGUGGGUGCAGCCGGUGUUGAAGGUACGGGGCUUGAAGCGGUUCGAGUUGGGGGUGGUGGUGAAGUGUGAUCGGGUGGCGAGGCGCGUGUUGGAGGUGGAUGGGUUGGUGAGGGAGGUGGAGGCCUUUAGGGAGGGGGUGAGUAGGGUCGUCUGUCAGCCUCGGGAGGAGGAGGAGGAGGAU